AUGUAUGGAAGCAACCCAUUCGCAGCGCAAGAUGGAUGGAACGCAGGAAACGGUCAGUCCACCUGGGAUACCACCGUGCCCCCGCCGUCCAUCUUCGGCGCCCUCCCCUACCCCUCUGUAUCCUCAGUGCUUCCGGGCGCGAUCACAUUCAAGUUCACGUCCUUGAGCCCUACGAUUUUGAACUGCAAGGUGAUCGGACCGCGCAACGAGACGUAUUUCCGUGUCGUAACAGACGGGGGCCACACCAUGCUGAAGGAUGCACAAAGCUCGAACAUUGCGCUGCUGGAGUGGCGGGACCGCCCCACGGUCGAGGUGCGUGGUCUGGUCGCAAAACAGCCCAUGGGCCAGUGGCUUAGACUCUCAACGGACAGGAGUCAUCGAUUCAUGGUCCACAACGGUGUUGGCUACUCCUGGAGACCCCAUGAUAGAUUUCUGCAGCUAUCUAUUCCGGGCUCAUAUGACAUACUCGCUCGAGUAUCGAAGACAUACGAUGUUGUGACACUCGAAUUGACACCCCAUGCGAUCCAGCUUGGGCUAUUGGAGCUUGGCGUGCUAGCGACAAUUCUAUUGCAGUGCGGGAAUAGUAUCGACUGA